AUGAAAAACCAAGAAGCAACCGAGCUCCUGCCAGAAGAUUUGCUGCAGAUUGAGCAGAGGAUCGAGCCAGCCAAGCGAGCGGCUCACAGCGUGUCCAAGAGGCUCCAAGCCUGUCUGCAGGGCCAAUGCGGCACAAGCGAGUGCCCUGUGAACCUCUGGCACCCAUGGUGCCCUGUGAAGAAGCUACCCUUGAUGGUUCUGUCCAUGACGAUGGCUGAGAGCUUCAGGGAACUGGAUGCAGAGUCCAGCCUUGGGAAAGCCCUGGAGAUGGGCUGCUGCAUACAGAGCUCUCUGGCCAAAAUCCUGGCUGAGUUCGAGAUUGCCCUGGAGCGCGACGUCCUGCAGCCACUCAACAAGCUCAGCGAGGAAGAGCUUCCCAUCAUCCUGAAGCGCAAGAAGACCCUCCAGAAGUUGAUCUCUGACUGGAACAGCAUCAAGAGCCGGCUGAACCAAGCUGCCAAGAGCUCCACUAACAGCGCUGGCACUGCUGCUGGCCCAGGUGCAUCUUCCACUGCCAACAAACUGGAGAUCUUGAAGGAAGAGGAAGAGGAGGUGAAGAGGAAGGUGGAGCAGUGCAAGGAUGAGUACAUGGCUGACCUCUACCACUUCUCCACCAAAGAGGACAGCUAUGCCAGCUACUUCAUCAAACUGCUGGAAAUCCAAGCCCAGUACCAUCGGCAGUCCCUGGGAUCUCUGGACUCGGCUCUGGCGGAACUGAAGGAAAGCCACAGCCAGACAGAGCCCUUCUUCGCUGCAGACACCCCAGUGGCAGGGUACUACGGUGUGCCUCUAGAGAUGCACCUCAAGAGCUUGGGACGGGAGAUUGCGCUGCCCAUCGAAGCCUGUGUCAUGAUGCUGCUGGCCUCCGGCAUGAGAGAAGAGGGACUCUUCCGGCUGGCAGCAGGCGCCUCAGUGCUGAGGAGGCUGAAGAGCAGCUUAGCCAACGGCUCUAACGCCCUGGAGGAGUUUUACUCGGACCCCCACGCCGUGGCCGGUGCACUGAAAUCCUACCUGCGGGAGCUGCCCCAGCCUCUGAUGACCUUCGAGCUCUACAACGAAUGGGUCAAAGCGGCCAGCCUAAAGGACGUUGACAGCCAAGUACAGAGCCUGCGAGACACCUGCAGCCGCCUGCCCCAGGAGAGCUACAACAAUCUGAGGUAUCUGAUCAAGUUUUUAGCCAAGCUGGCCGAACACCAGGAGGUGAAUAAAAUGACCCCUAGCAACAUCGCUAUCGUGCUGGGCCCCAACCUGCUGCGGUCGCAGCAGAGCACAGGAGACUCCAUGCAACUGGACUUGGCCUCAGUCUCCUCCAUCCAAGUGGUAGGUGUGGUGGAAGCCCUCAUCCAGAAUGCAGACGUCCUCUUCCCUGGAGAAGUAGAAUUCAACGUCUCUGGCAUGUUCACACCACCCACAAACAGGGGAUGCAAUGAGGCCAGCCUGGUGGAAGAUCCAUCCCCUGAGCCCUCUCCAGCCAGCGCCCCCACUCUCCCGGAUGGAAAGGCCACCUCGAGUGACCCUGAGGCCAGGUUCCAGCCGGCAUCCCCAGUGGUGACCAGAUCAUCUCCCGAAGCCACAGGGCCACCGGCUCUGCAGACGACUGAUGACACCACCCGCAAAGGCAAGUGCCCAGCUCCAGCCCGACCCACGAUGCCGCCACCACCUGUGGCCCAACCCCGGAGCACCGCUCCUGCCCCGGCAGCCCCUGAGCACGCAGCCACCCCCAAAGCCCGACCGCGACGGAUGGCUGGGGCACCCA